CAGCGCGAGAUCAGGCAAAAGGUUGACUACCUGACGUGUGCAGCUGUAUUUAUACAUCAGCUGUCCUCUCUGCAGACAUAGUCCUAUGAUAACUCUCAGGAGAUAGAAGCUGAGUGUUUAUUUUCCUGGAGCAUCAUGGAGCUCUCUGUCACGUUGCUUUCUGCAGGGCUGCUGGUUGUUUUGGUGUUAGUGUUACACCUAAAGAGCAGAAAGAAGGUUUGUUUACCUCCAGGACCUUCUGGCCUGCCUAUCAUUGGAAAUCUGCUGCAGCUGGACAAGAGAGCCCCGUUCAAAACUAUGAGAAAGCUCGGUGAAAGCUACGGUCCUGUGGUCACUGUGUACCUGGGCCGUCAGCGUGUUGUGGUCCUGGUGGGGUAUGACGCGGUGAAGGAGGCUUUGGUGGACCAAGCAGAUGACUUCACUGGAAGAGGACCUGUUCCUUUCAUGGUCAAAGCUACCAAAGGCUAUGGUUUGGGGAUCAGUAAUGGAGAGCGUUGGCAACAGCUGCGUCGCUUCACCCUGACAACACUAAGAGACUUUGGGAUGGGACGUAAGGGGAUGGAGGAGUGGAUCCAGGAGGAGGCUAAGCACCUUGUGGCCCGCAUAAAUAGCACCAAAGGGUCAUCAUUUGAUCCAACAUACUUCUUGAGCGGCACCGUGUCCAAUGUGAUCUGCUGUUUGGUGUUUGGUCAACGCUUCAGCUAUGACGAUGACCAUUUCCUCCACCUCCUGCAGAUAAUCACAGAUAUCCUGAGAUUUGGCAGCAGUCCCUGGGGUCAGCUGUAUAAUGUCUUCCCUUGGUUGAUGGAGCGGCUCCCAGGUCAGCAGCACAACAUAUUUGCCAGAGUUGAAGAACUGAGAGAUUUCACCAUGAAAAAGAUCCAGGAGCACCAAGACACGCUGGACCCGAGUUCACCCAGAGAUUACAUCGACUGUUUCCUUCUUAGACUCGUUCAGGAAAAGCAUCUUCCCACAUCCGAGUUCCAUUAUGAGAAUUUGGUGUCAACAGUUUUGAAUCUGUACCUGGCAGGAACUGAAACAACCAGUUCAACUAUUCGAUAUGGAAUUACUGUGCUGAUCAAAUACCCCAAAAUACAGGAGAACAUGCAGCAGGAGAUCGACACUGUGAUUGGUCAGGAACGCAGUCCUUGUAUGGAGGACAGGAAGUCCCUCCACUUCACAGAUGCAGUCCUCCAUGAAGUCCAGCGUCUUAUGGAUAUUGUCCCUAUGAGCGUACCUCGAUACGCGGUGAAGGACAUCUCUUUCAGGGGUUACACUAUUCCCAAGGGUACAAUGAUUGUUCCUUUGUUGCACUCUGUGCUAAAAGAAGAAGAACAAUGGGAGACCCCUUGGUCCUUUAACCCUCAGCACUUCCUGGACUGUAAUGGCAACUUUAAGAAGAACCCUGCAUUCAUGCCCUUCUCUGCAGGAAAGAGGUCAUGUGUUGGAGAGUCCCUGGCUCGAAUGGAGAUUUUCCUCUUCAUGGUAUCACUUCUGCAGCGUUUCACCUUCUCUGUGUCUGGCGGACCUGACAGUGUGGAUCUCAGCCCCGAGCUCAGCAGCUUUGCCAAUGUGCCUCGUAGAUACAACAUCAUCGCAACACCUCGGUGCUAAACCUGGCACAGGCAUCAGGCUUUUUACUGCUCUUAUUAAACUCUUUAGAAUGUAAUCAUUUGGCACCACAUGCAGCAGCUAGAUUUCCUCUUGUGAUUUUCACUGCCUCUUUUGUUUUCCGACACAAGUGAGACUCUGUAUGUUGGCCUUGUUUCAGCUUGGGCUGUAACAAGACCUCCUCUCCUGAGGAGUGUCACAACAACAGAAUCUCUUUUGAUAAGCACUUUUUAGUUUAGUUACCUCCCUAAAAUCAUGUCUUGACAAACGUUCAUGGAAAAAUGUUAUAGAGUAGUGAGCCUAUUGGCAGAAGUGUAAUAUGAUAUUUACAGCGAUUGUGUAUGGCACCUGAUAAUUGUGUUUUAAAGCUUGAAGCUUUAAAGGGAGCUGGAGUCUGCCAGAGAAAAACUGAACAUUACACACUUUGAAAGGGAGACUGAGGGGAGCUGUUAUCAGUCGUUUGCAAUCUGUGAAUCUGCCACGAGAUGCCAGUAAAUCCUUCAUUUCAGUCCUCUCAGUCCAUGAGAGGAAAACCUCACUGCAGGAACUGAAAGUGGCUCAAUGUUUUUGUUCUGGAUCAGCUUUAAUGUACGCCUUAGUUGACUAUCUGUCUUCUUUUUCAGUAAAACAAAAUAAAGAUCACAUGAUAAGCAAAUAAAAACAUUUAUUAUGAUUUAUUUCAAUGUUUUAAAAAAACUAAAAACAGAUUAUUUUGGUCUCAGUUCAGUCGGUCCUCCUGUGACUCGUCCUAACCUCAGGGACCCCUUUUGUUCACAGCCUGCAGCGCAGUGACGUAUUGCGAGAGUUACAUCUGUAACCUGAUGAGUUCAAGGUCAGCCGAUCAGUCAAGCAGCGUGUCAGGCUGUCAGUUUGUUGAGGCAUGUUCAGGUGUAUCACUGUCCGGUGUCCCAGUGAAUGUCGGGCUCAGAGGAUCGUUGUCAGAGACUGAGGCUGCAAUUCGUUUAAAAUUACUUCAGAGUGUCAGGUGUCAAGGCAGAUUUUUACUAAACCUUAACAAAGACUGUGUUUCUCAUCAAGUAUAUCACAUUACUGUUGUAUGGUCAGUCCUUCUUUUGUUUUUAUAAUACAAAAUGUACAUGAGUAAUAAAGCAAACUAAUGCACCGAUUCAUUUUAUAUAUUUGUAAUAAAAUACAUCUGAAAAUAAAGAUUACAAAUGGUAAUCUUUACCAUGUAAAGCCUGUAUGGACCUGCUGUGUGACUGAAACUCUAAUAAACUCUAGUACUUCUGUGAAAGUGA